AUGAAUGGCCAUUCGGGAGCUAUGUCGCCUGUCUCCAUCGAUGGCAGCGACUGGUCCGGCAUCGCCCAGUAUCAGAAAUCGGACGUCCCCUUCUCCCCGACAUUCUCCUCACGAGGCAACCUGGCGACUCCUCCCACCUCCGGCAUCCCCAGCGCUCCCUUGAGCCCGAAUAAUAGCCUACCACCGCCCAGCAGCGGCAAUCCUUCCCCGCCCAGUUCGGUCGCCGCCCGGUCCAGUGUGGGAACACUGGGCGGCGCUCCGUCUGGCCCUCCCGGGGCCGCCGGUGCGCCAGGUGCGCCCGGCAAGGAUGCUCCUCGCGCUGGGGUCAAACUCACCCGGCAGAUGGAGGAAAUCCUGUUCCGCCACUUUUUCACUUUCAAGAGAUUCCUCGAUGCCACCCACCGCGACGAGGAGCAGCAACGCAACGACGAGCAGAAAAUCGCGAAUAACCGUAAAGCCCAAGCCAAGCUUCUUCAGCUCUCAGCUAUUCAGUUCUAUGAACUCAGUACCGAUGUCUACGAUGAGCUCAUCCGUCGCCAGCAGUCCAUGCCCCCGCCGGGUCGGCCUCCUCGCCUGGACGCUUCUCCCUUCCUCCCGCCUCGAAAGGACUUCCACGAGAAGCGUAACCACGCCCGCCAGCGGCUGUCGAAGCUACAGCACAAAAAAUUUCGUAAUCUGGCGAACGACGUCUUCUGCGAGCUCGAUCGGCGUUUCCCCACCUUCUCCGAUCGCCCACCACCAGCGAUGCCUCCACCCGGCGCCAGACGGUCACAAUCGCGUGGCCCUCCUAGUCGUAUGGGUCGAGGCUAUCCGUCAGGUGGUCCUCCAGGUAGUCCGUACCCUCCUGGGAGCCCAUUCCCGCCACGCCAGGGCUCUCUUGGUGGUCCACCGCCGGGAAUGAAUGGGGAUGGGCCCUUUCCCCGAGCUUUCCAGAGUAAUACCAUGGUCCCCAAUAAAAGCACGAUGGUGGAAGAUAGUGAUGAUAUGGGCGGAGAGGAGGACGAUGACGCCCGCAGUGAUGCGUUUGCGCUGGAUGCUGUUCUUAGCCGCCGAGGCACAACCAUGACUCUUGGCGAUAACGAACGAAGAAUGCUUGUGGACAGCCAGUCCCAGGUCUCCACUUUGCAAGAAAAGGUUGAAAAACUGGAAGAGCAAAUUCGUCAAAAGGACGAGGAGCUGGCUCGAUCCUUGGAUGCCGACCAAUCGGCGAUCAGCCAGAGUGAGCGCCAGGAGUGGGAUGAUCUCCGCCAGGAUCUGGAGAGCAAGGUGAACAAAGCGGAAGAUCUAAACGCUUCGCUUCAGCUUGAGCUUGAUAGAGUCCGAGCGGAACAUGACAGCAUGGAGCGUGAUCUGCGCAAUCAGCUUGAGAACGCUAGCCUGGGUGCAGCCGACGCAGAGCUGGAGGCUCGCUAUGCGGACUUGGAGAGCAAGCACCAGAACCUGCAGGUGGAGUUACAAAACCAGCAACAUAUCACCGAGGAUGUUCGGCGCGAGACAUCCAAAUUCUUGAUGGAGAUGAAAACCCUGACGGCACAGAGCCAUUCCAAUUGGGAACGGGAAGAGCAGCUAUCAAAUGAUGUGCAUCGACUGGAGAAUGAGGUCAAUGAUUGGAAGCACCGCUAUGCCAAAGCCAAAUCCCAACAGCGGCACUUGCGCGCGUCUUCGGGCGGUAUUGCGGAUCACCAGCCUGACGUCAAUUUGGUUGCGAGAGAACAUGAGCUUGUGCAGGCCGACGGUGUGGUCAAAGACCUUCAUGUCACCAAAUUCCAGAUGGCAAUUGACGAGCUUCUCCGUAUUGCCCGCUCCGAGAACUCCCAGCAGGUGCUGCAGCAUAUAAAACCUGUCAUUGUAUCCGUUCGCCGUAUGAUCCAGGACGUGGACCAAGCUCCGCCUCCAGUCGAUGGCACGGCUACUCUGCGGUUGAAGGCCAAGGGCCGUGUGUCUGCCACUGCCAACAACACGAUCACCGCAGUUCGCAAUUUCGCCAGUUCCAGCGGUCUUUCACCGGUCUCGUUGCUGGAUGCCGCUGCCUCCCAUCUCUGCAUUGCUGUUGUGGAGCUCAUCCGUGUUGUCAAGAUCCAGCCCUCGCCCGCAGAUGAGGAUGACUAUGAGAUAGACAUGUCUCAGGAGAAGUUCCCUGACUAUCUCAGCACGACUGCUAGUCAACAGCGGCUCAGUACCCAUUCCCAGUAUAGUAUUUUAAGUCCACCGGACCCGGACCACCCUGCCUUGCAGAAUGGUCUGCAAAAUGGCGGUGGCUAUGGUUACGGAGCUCCCCAGGGAGACCAUGAACUCCAGGAACUUAAGCUGUAUGUUGAGGAUCAGACCGAUAAUAUGGUCCAGUCGAUUCAGGCACUGGUCGCCAGCAUCCGUGCCGAGCAUGACAUGCACACCGUCCAGACCUAUGUUUCCGCAAUCGACGACAUCGUCGUCAAUGUGGUCUCUUCCACACAACACCUCAUGCACGAGCGGAGCGGAGAUGUCGCUCUGCGAGAACGCUCUGAGCCCAUUGUCCACAUCCUGGACGAAUGUCGCGGCCGCCUGAUGAACACCGCUGCCGAGGGCCAUGACGGACUUGCACCCGACCAGCUCCGCGAAGUCACCAACCAACUGCCUCCGAUUGCAUUUGAAAUUGCCCGCCAGACCAAAGAGCUCGGGCAGCGCCUGGAGUCCCUGGCGCACCCCGACGAGGACGACUUCCGGUGA